GGUCAAGUCAUCUGCCCUGCCUGGCACGGUAGAAGCGACAACAUCUCUGAUCCCGUUCAUUUAUUAGCUGGUUGCGUACGGAGUAGUGCGGGGGGGGGGGUGUCAACUCCUGUACGUAGUAUACGUAUACACCAUCCACGCCUCUAUCGUCCUCUUGUAUGUACUCUCGGAGUCCACGCGAUUUGAGCGUCUUCACACUGGUGCUGGUGGGAUUCACUCCUUUGAUGCUUGAUCUAGAUCAUUUUUUGUUCUCCAGCGACCCUGAACUACGGGCCAAUUGAUUCCCUGCAUUGCUGCACGGGAAUAGGGAAUUGCGGAUAUGCCGCUGACUAGUAGGGGUCAAAGGCCAAACAAACCGUAUAUGUAAGCCCUUGUCCAGGGCCCAGACUUGGGGGAAUAGAAAAAAAAAAGAAAGAGAAAAGGUAGACAAUGGACGGAUGGUGAUUCGUUGGUGAUUGCGCAGUGUUUGAACGUUUUUUGGUCGCCAAACCCCGGCAGUGGUGAUGAUGAUAUUAAUCAUAUUAGGUAUUCGAACAAUUUUCCUUGCCGAAACGAUUGCGAUAGGAGAGGUCUCGGGCUGGGGUGUGAAACACGUCGUUAUUAAUAAUAAAUAUUAUGUAGUUAUUAUUGUCGUCAUUGUCACCAAUGUGCUGUCGCCUCUGCCAGGGAAUUCUUUGCCCUAUUCGGCUGUUGGGAUUAGUUAUUAUUGAUGACUUCGAGAGCAAGUUGUUGCUUAACGAUUCCCGAGCUAUUAAAACUAGCGUUUUUAGCCACACUUUUCUGCUCUGGAACAACCCGGCAUUAUUCACAAAGUGAAGCAGGAAAAAAAAAAAAAAAAAAAAAAAAAAAAAGAACAAGAAGAAGAAGAAGAAGACAGUCACGCGAAUAAUAAUAUCCUAGGUUGUUGACCUUACGAACGAACGUUAAUAAAGUAGAUAUGAAAUAAGUAUCAACAAACACCACCUCCAAUCCAAGGUUUGCCCGAGAACUCUCCAGCAGCACCACCAAAAAGUCAACCACCAGCCAAAGCUUAUUAUAUCCAGCAAUCCACCCCAUUACAAGCCCCUACUCUUCUUCUCCUUGAUAUUUUGUCUUUCUCCAACGGUUGGCCAUAUAAACCGUCACCCUGGCUCACCCGCAGAGCCCCCGGAGCAUCGAGCUGGUCGCAUUCGAUCGUCCUUCCUCCGCCUCAACCACUACUGCCUCCGCCGCAAACGGUCUACAAUCCCCCCCACACCACCUUCACCGUGACCGCUUAGGCCUCGUCAAAAAGGAUAGAAGAGGAGGAAGAGGUGCAUCGGAUCCUGCUUCUUCUGCUCCCAGUUCAGCUGUUGCUCCGAGACGGUGGUGGAAAAGAGUAGAGGGUUAUUUUGCUCAACCUGCGGAAGUUGGAACGAGGCAAUCACUUGAAAGCGGAAUAGAUAAAUGGGAAGCACAGCAGGAUUCUGACGACGAAUAUUCUGAGAAGGGGGGUGUUGUUAGGAAUAGGAAUACAGGACGGCGCCGUUGGGAGACACCUAUUACCCGGGCAAGGGUUGACAACGACAUUAUGAAGUUCUCCCACAGCAUCCAGUUCAAUGCCGUGCCGGACUGGAGCAGCUCUUAUAUUGCGUAUAGCAAUCUGAAGAAACUGAUAUACUCGCUCGAAAGGCAGGUCAAUCGCGUCGACGAAGCAGGCGAAAAUGUCGAGUCCGCUCCCCUCCUCGAUGCCUCCGUGGACACUGAUGUUGUCUUCCGCCGUGCUCUUGACGGCGAGCUAGAGAAGAUAUGCUCUUUCUUCCAGCCAACUGAGACAGAGCUUUACGAAGAGGUUGAAAGCGUUGUCAGAGAUGAAGAAGCGUAUAUCCAAGAAACGAAAGGGUUGGAUAUGGAUUCCGUCGGGAACACAGUAGUCCGAACUCGCACACUGAGCUUCAAUGCUCGACGUCGUCUUGAAGGCCCUCUCCGCAAUUUGGGAUUCGGAGGUGGGGGCAGGGAUGCACAAGGCAGGGAUGUGCGCGCUAGCAUGGCCAGCGAAAUCGCAGCGGAUGAAGAAGCUGCUAAUAAUCCGGACGCCAACACUGAUGAUGAUAUGGACAUGGAUGAGUCCCGGGGUCAGGAUGGCCGUCGUCGCUCCUCCUGGAAGGACUAUCACAAGCAUGCAGCUAGCGAACCGCUAGAUCGUAUCGUGAGCGAUAUGAGCGAAUCGAGAAUUCAGGGUGGUGGCUUCGAUCCUGAUCAUGAUUCUACAGUCGAUCCAAGCUAUUCCGCAUUGUAUAAUGCUGGCGUAUCGCUGAAGAAACGUAUCAUUAGCAGCUACGUUUCACUCUGCGACCUCAAGUCGUUCAUCCAACUAAAUCGGACGGGCUUCGCGAAGGCUUUGAAGAAGUAUGAUAAAAUCCUUGACCGCAGCCUUAGACGCCAGUAUAUGAACACGACGGUCUCAACUGCCUAUCCGUUUACGAAUCCCGUAAUGGAGCGACUCAAUGGCCAUAUUGCCAGAAUCGAGCAGCUCUAUGCAGACCUCGUCACUAAGGGUGACCUCGCACUUUCUAAACGGGAAUUGAGAUUACAUCUCAGGGAGCAUGUUGUAUGGGAACGGAACACGGUCUGGCGAGAAAUGAUUGGCAUUGAACGCAAAGCACAAGCGGCCAAUAUGGGCGUACGCAGGACACUUCUUGCAGGAGAUCAGGACCCCCUGACUGCACAGAGACAGGGUGAUGAGCUGGAACCCACUACCAAGGAGAUUGUGACUCCUGUAGGAAGAUGUCCUGUCCCGGCGUGGCUACUAAGCUCUACAUUUUUCACGCUGAUCGGCAUCGUGGUUAUAUUCCUUGUUAUGCUAGUACUUCCCAUUAUGUCGAAGCCAGAGCAACAGAAUUGUCUAGCGAUGUUGGUUUUCGUCAGUCUGCUAUGGUCUACUGAGGCGAUUCCCCUUUUCGUCACAUCAUUGCUUGUCCCCUUCCUUGUGGUCACUCUUCGCAUUAUGCGAACCGAAGAGCAGCCUUAUAGGCGCUUGAACACCAAAGAAGCAGCCGGAGCUGCUUUCGCGGCAAUGUGGACGCCUGUUAUCAUGCUCUUGCUUGGUGGCUUUACCAUUGCUGCCGCGUUGUCAAAAUAUGACAUUGCCCGCAGGAUGGCAACGUUUGUCUUGAGCAAAGCGGGAACGAAACCACGAAUUGUUUUGGUCACGAACAUGUUUGUCAGUAUGAUCUUGAGUAUGUUCAUUAGCAAUGUAGCAGCUCCGGUUUUGUGCUUCUCCAUCAUCCAGCCAAUGCUCCGAAACCUCCCCACCGACUCACGUUUCACCAAAGCCCUUAUCCUCGGCAUCGCCCUAGCUUCCAACAUCGGCGGUGCGGCGUCCCCAAUUGCUUCCCCACAGAACAUCAUCGCCCUCCAAAAUAUGACCCCUGCGAUAAGCUGGGGUACCUGGUUCUUCAUCGCCCUUCCCGUCUGCAUCAUCUGCAUCAUCCUAACCUGGCUUCUCCUCCUCAUCACUUUCCGCCCAGGCCGUGGCACGACCAUUGUCCCCAUCCGGCCCGUCAAGGACAAAUUCUCCGGUGUGCAAUGGUUCAUCACUCUCGUGACUCUCUUCACCAUCGUCCUCUGGUGCGUCAGCCACGAGCUCGAAGAGACCUUCGGCGACAUGGGCGUCAUCGCCAUCAUCCCCCUGGUGUUAUUUUUUGGCACUGGCAUCCUCACCAAGGAAGACUUCAAUAAUUUCCUCUGGACCAUCAUUAUCCUCGCCUCGGGUGGUCUUUGUCUAGGACGCGCCGUCACCUCGUCAGGUCUCUUGCACACCAUCGCCAAAGCCAUCACGGAACGCGUGGCUAAUUUCAGCUUGUAUGGUGUCCUCUUGACAUUUACAGGCCUCAUAUUAGUCGUGGCGACAUUCAUCUCGCAUACCGUCGCCGCCCUCAUUAUGCUCCCACUCGUCAAACAGGUGGGCGCGAGCAUGGAUCAGCCCCAUCCCAAUCUGCUUGUUAUGGGAAGUGCGCUCAUUUGCUCUGUCGCCAUGGGCCUGCCGACGAGCGGGUUUCCGAAUAUGACUGCUAUUAUGAUGGAAGUCCCCGAAACCGGCCAAAGAUACCUCCGUGUCCGUCACUUUAUCACGCGUGGUGUCCCGGCGAGUAUCUUCUCAUGGGGUGUCGUGGUGACCGUUGGCUAUGGGUUGAUGGUUGUUGCUGAUUUGUAAAUUCUGCAUGCUCUGAUCGCGGACUCUUUUUACUUUUCUUUUUUGUCUCCACCUUCAAUUUUCUCUACUACCAUUAGAUUUUGACUACGUUUCUCACUUGCGUAGUUCAGUUUGUAUCUUUAUUUUUAUUUAUUUAUUUAUUUUUUUUGUCCUCGCAUUAAGGGAUGGACACGCUGGGUUUAGCAAGCAUUCUACUUCCCUCUGUUACUUUUAUUUCUUUAUUAUUUCUAGACGUGCGUUGUGUAAAUUGAAUGAAUUAAUGGAGGGAAUGUACCCGGCGUUCUUGUGCACUGUUCUGCUGUUCUGUUUGUCGCCUAAUAUAUAUAUAUAUAUAUAUAUAUUCUUCAUUUUCAUUUUUUCAUUUUUUUCAUUUUUUUUUUU